CUUUUAUCUGACACACAUUUUAUCUUAAAGUGUGUGUAAACUUAACUACAUUGUUUUCAGUGAGCGUGCAAAAAUUUGUUAAUAAUAGAAAACAAUGAAACAUUUUAUUAUACAUUGUGUCGUGUAUAUAUGCUUUGUGAAAAUCUUGAAUGUGGCUGCAAUAGAAGACAGUCGACAUUGGCAUCAACUGGCCAAUAAAGAACUAGAAGAAUCUCUUUCGCUUCAUUGGAACACGAAAAAAGCUAAAAAUGUGAUUCUUUUCAUCGGGGAUGGGAUGAGUCCUGACACCAUAACAGCCAGCAGAAUUUAUCGUAGCGGCGAGACCAGUCGACUCGCAUGGGAACAUUUUCCCCAUAUCGGGAUACUGAAGACUUACAACGUGGACAGACAAGUCCCGGACUCGGCCUCUACCGCCACUGCUCUUUUCGGAGGUGUCAAGACGAAUUACGAGGUCGUUGGAGUGGACGCCAACGUGAAAUUGGGAGAUUGUCCGGCGAGUUUGAACGCAAAUAAUCACGUGCAUUCGUUCAUAACGUGGGCUCAGGCUGCCGGUAAAGCGACAGGUUUUGUGACAACUACAAGAGUGACUCACGCGACUCCGGCUCCGCUUUAUGCUCACUGCGCGAAUCGUAGAUGGGAGUGCGAAUCUAAAAUGCCUGAAAGCGCUGUCGGCUGUAAAGAUAUCGCCAGACAAUUAAUAGAGGAUGAGCCGGGGAAAAGCAUUAACGUGAUAAUGGGUGGUGGUCGACAGGUGUUGAAGUCCAACGUGAGCGCGGGUGAAUUCGAUCCGAUAGACUCCUGGGCUUGCUAUAGACAGGAUGGUCGUGAUCUUAUCGCUGACUGGACGCGAGACAAGUCUAGUAGAAAUUUGACUUACAGCGUUAUUCAAAACAAUGAGGAAUUGUCUCGACUCGACGUCGAUAACGUGGACUAUCUACUCGGUAUUUUCGCAAACAGUCAUAUGGAGAUGGACUGGAAACGUGAGCGAGGUCCGAAAGGACAACCGAGCCUGGAAGAGAUGACCGUGACGGCAUUGCGAAUUUUGCAAAAGUCCAAGAAAGGCUAUUUUUUAAUGAUCGAGGGAGGCAUGAUCGACUUUGCUCAUCAUCGCGGUCACGCUGCUCAAGCCUUGUUGGAAACAGUUCGAUUAUCCGAUGCUGUUAACGCCACUCUAAGAAUGAUCGACACCAAUAACACCCUCGUGAUAGUCACUAGCGACCAUACGCAUUCGAUGAACUUCAAUGGAUUCAGUCUUCGCGGUUCAUCCGUUCUGGGAAUCGCUCAGGAAUCUAAAUACGACGGGGUACCAUACACAAAAUUGUCCUACAGCACAGGCGGACCAAAUAACAUUGCUUACACGGUAAACAAGGACCGAGUCGUGAGAAUAGAUCCUUCCAAAUCCAACACCAGCGAUUUUACUUACAGCCAACAAGCCACAAUUAUAUCGGACGAGGCUUAUCAUGGCGGUGGAGACGUGGCUGUGUACGCUAUAGGUCCACAUGCAUAUCUCUUUCAUAGUGUGCACGAGCAGAAUUAUGUGGCGCACGUUAUCGCGUAUGCCACGAAUGUCGGCGAGUAUUUUAACGGCGCCGCGAUAUCACAAAUUUGUCUUCUAAAUGUAGUCAUUUUAUGCGGUAGUUUAAUCUUGUCGCUCUUAAUCGCAAACAACUAAAUCUGUAAGUGCUAAUAAAAACACAUUAUCAGUUUUAUUUUUCA